AUGUUUUUUCCCCCUAGAAUCGAACGAGACGGCGCUGAAUUCGAGGAUGUGGCUCUCACAAGCCCGGAUGGGGAUCCCCUCGUUUACUUUUUAACCCCGGCCCCUUCAGCCUGCGCCGAAUACGACGAGAUGGAUUUUGACAUGGAGUUCGACGCGGGAAUCGAGGACGCGAAGCGUCCACUUCCCAUGGUCAGGAGUGUCAGUCCGUCCAGUCUCGAGGGCCUCAGUCGGCCUCCCAUCCGGCCUCCAACUCCACCUCGGUCACCAUCUACCCCCGAUCUGUACCACGACCUAUCUGCUACUCCAGACGACUACGAUCACUACCAUUUCAUGGAGGGUUCUCGGUCACCCAGGCACAACAGCCCUAGCUCCUUACCCCGCCACCUCAGGGACAAAUUUAGGGGACACCCAAAACAACAAGAUCUACCCAGCCCGUAUAAUUUGUUCCCGCCGCCCGCCCCGCCCCGCAACAACGCAAGCAGGGAUCGGGCUAGAUACAACACAAGCCCGAAACCUAUCAUUCCUGUGUCAUCACCAUCGUCGUCAUCGGCAAGGCAGUCCCGGGGCAUGUCGUCGUCACGCCUUUCCCCUCAUGCUUGGCACGAGCCAAGCCCAGAUGUUUGGGCCAUCGAGGAGGAGCCCGAGGCUGAGGUCCUCAGUGAGAUGGAAGACAGCUAUUAUACGGAGGACGGUAUAGGUUCAAGGGCGGUAGAUAUUCCGGCUGCAAAGCCAAAGAAGAAGGUCCGGUUCGUGUUGCCUACUGCGGAUGAACUUAGGGACACUGAGUAA